GGUUGCAGCCAAGUGCAGAAACAUUGCAACUUUCCUCUUGUCUUUUUCAAUCACAGGAAAAUACCGGUAUGCCAGUAUGAUAUUCCGGAGAAAAAUUAAGAAGAUUUUGAACAUGAAGCUUGCUUGGCUCCUAAUACUGGUUGCAGUUCUCUUUCUUUAUCCUGUCAAUACUGAAUGCAGUGAUACUUCUCAAACUGUAAACUGUCAGGAAGUGGCAAAAAUCCAUUCUUCUGUUCCUUCUAACCUAAACAAAGACAUUUCUGUGUUAUAUCUUAGUUGUAACCAUAUUACUUUAGACAAGAAUGACACAGUAAUACUUUGCCAGUACAAUAAUCUCUCAGAACUGUAUUUGAACAACAACUCUAUUGUUGUUGUUUCUAAUUACAGCUUUGGAAAACUUUCACAGUUAAAAAUUCUUGAUGUCAGUAAUAAUUAUAUCAAAACAGUUGAAAAAGCAGCAUUUGCUGGUCUGAAUGAAUUGCAGAUUCUGAAUCUACAAAAUAACAAAAUAACAACAUUAAAUUCUGAUGUAUUUGCAGAGCUAAACAAGUUAAAAGUCCUAAAUUUACAAAACAAUUUUCUAAAAGAUUUUGAUGUUGAGGUAAAAUUUAAGUCAAUAUGUAUUAAAUUAGAUGGAAAUGUGUGGACUUGUUCAUGUGACCUUCUUAGUUUACAACAUUGGCUGAAUAGCUCUACUGUGAUAACGGAAAAUGAGAACAAUACUAUGUGCCCUAUUCCAGUUACUUUGAAAGAAUAUCCUAUCAAGGACACAAAUACAUUAAACUGUAAACAAAUGGGAAUAUCUGGAACACCUGUCUCAUCUUUUACUUCUAUGAAUACUACCUAUGGCACUACAUAUAAUUAUACAAAUGGACCAGCAUAUUCAGGUAUUCGGCGCAUUGGCAAAAGCUGGACUUUUUUGAUGGGUGUCCUAGCAGUUAUCCUUAGCACUACAGCACUGAUUAUUGCUGCUAUCAAGUUUCCAACGUGGUACCGUUAUUUAAAAAGCUACAAUCACAGACGUCUCCAAGAAAAAGAAGAAUCUGAGCUGUUUGAAGAAACGUUCACACCUCAAUUAUGCAUGCCCUCACAUACAUCAGAGACUAAUGAAGAAGAGUCUAUAGUUGUUUUUGAACAAUUCCGUCCAUAUGUUCCAGAAGAUGAUGGAUUUAUUGAAGACAAAUAUAUUGAUCCAUAAAUGUUUAUCAUAUAUAUUAUAGACUGAAACUGUUAUUAGCACAGAAUUGUGCCCUUCAUUGUCCUAUAUAUAGGACAAAAAUACAUACAUACAGUCUGUGUUGUUUGUCAUUGAUCAAUUUCAUGUGAUCUAAACUUAUUAAGAAAAACAUUACAAUUUUGAUUUAGCAGCUAUUGAUAUGAUGGAUUUCUAAUGCAAUGAAUUAAAUUUCUGCAGUAAUUUAUGACAUUUGUUUUAUGAUGUCUGUUAUUUGCAUUUAUUUACAUAAUUAAUCUCUGAGUUAAGAAAUAGGAAAUAUAAAUAAAAAUUUGUGUACAUGGGAA